UUGACACUAACAUCUGCAGUUUUCAGAGGGAGACGGUCGCAAUUCAAUAAGAUACCAAUGAUGCAUACGGUCCCGCCCGGUAUUUUUUAAUUAUUUACUUCUCGUCUUCACGCAUUUUUUCUCUUUUUGAGGAACAUGACAUGCUAGGAUCUCGUCAAUUACUGGGGAACUGCAAGUUCUGAAACGAUGUGGCCCCAUGUUGUUUGAUUGCAGCUUGGAUUGUGCAACAAUGCCAGAAUAUACAAAAGUGGAAUCAACACAAAUCUCACGAAGGAGUAACGUGUCAUCACUUUUGGAUUGUUUUAAACACUGUAUUUCAUUGAAAUUUUUACCUUCACACACACGUCCAUGGUUGGGAAGGUUGUAAUAGUCGGUAAAGAUGGAAAAAUGUGGUGGAGCCAGGAAGUGUCGACUACCCAACGUCACCUGAGGAACUGGAAGAUGAUCCUGUGGGUGGUGGCGUCGCUGCUGACUCUGGCCGAAGGGGGCUUCUCCGAGGAGGACAGCAAGAAGGCCCCCCCGGGACUGCUCCUGUCCUGGGAGAGGAGCGCCUGGCGCGGGCCCGACUCCCCCCAGGUGCAGGAGCUGCAGGAGGAGGAGCGGGCCCGCCCCUCGUGGCCCCGUGGCUUCGACCACCCCUCUCCGGCGGAGGAGGAGGGCGAGGCGUACCCGAGCAGGUGGCAGCGCUCUCCCCCCGAGCCCGCCUCCACGCGACCCCCCAGAAGGAACCGGAAGAAGUCGAAGAAGUCCAGCCGGGACUGCCGCAUGGAGACGAAGAAGAUGAGCGUGAGGGACCUGGGCCUGGGCUUCGACUCGGACGAGAUCGUGGUGUUCAAGUACUGCGUGGGAACGUGCCACAGCUCCCGCAAGAACUACGACCUGGCCCUCAAGGCCCUCACGGACAAGGGCAGCAUCCCAGGCAGGAAGGUGAGCGCCAGCCCCUGCUGCCGUCCCACGCGCUACGAGACCGUGUCCUUCAUGGACGUCCAGACCACCUGGAAGACCAUCAAGUGGCUGUCGGCGGCCAACUGCAGCUGCGUGGGAUGAUGCGGCGUGGGGGGGGUUGGGAGAGAAGUGGAGGUUGGGCCCUGCGAAAA